AUGCUUUUGGGAAUGAGCACUUGUGGCAGGAAGGCCCUAACCCUGCUCAGCAGUGUGUUUGCUGUGUGUGGACUAGGACUCCUGGGGAUUGCCGUGAGCACCGACUACUGGUUGUACCUGGAGGAAGGGAUCAUCCUGCCCCAAAACCAGAGUGCUGAAAUCAAGAUGUCCCUGCAUUCUGGCCUCUGGAGGGUUUGCUUUUUGGCAGGAGAAGAACAUGGGAGGUGCUUCACCAUAGAAUACGUCAUGCCGAUGAACGUCCAGCUGACCUCUGAAUCGACUGUCAAUGUUUUAAAGAUGAUCCGUUCUGCCACACCAUUUCCUCUCGUCAGCCUCUUCUUCAUGUUUAUUGGGUUCAUUCUAAGCAACAUCGGGCAUAUUCGGCCUCACAGAACCAUCUUGGCCUUUGUGUCGGGAAUCUUCUUCAUUCUCUCUGGCUUAUCUCUGGUUGUAGGGCUCGUACUGUACAUCUCCAGCAUCAAUGAUGAAAUGCUCAACAGAACCAAAGACUCGGAGACUUAUUUCACUUACAGAUAUGGAUGGUCGUUUGCUUUUUCGGCUAUCUCUUUUCUCCUGACAGAGAGUGCAGGUGUCAUGUCCGUCUACCUGUUCAUGAAGAGAUACACGGCCGAGGAGAUGUACCGGCCUCAUCCGGGCUUCUACCGUCCGCGACUGAGCAAUUGCUCGGACUACUCUGGCCAGUUCCUCCACCCGGAUGCGUGGGUUCGUGGGCGCAGCCCUUCCGACAUCUCCAGCGAUGCUUCUCUCCAGAUGAACAGUAAUUACCCUGCUCUACUUAAAUGUCCCGAUUACGACCAGAUGUCAUCUUCUCCAUGCUGAAUGACCAGUGGCACCCUCACCUUUCAGGGAUGGAAGGCUGGUGAGGGCUGCUUUGUCCUGGACCUGCACUUUCUCUUAAAAGUCACUCUGACAGGACAACCCCUGUCCAAUUAGCAGGUGACGUGAUUACCUAGAGGAAAGGGGCAUUCCCACCAACGAAGCACAUGUGCUUACCUAGUAUACUAGAAUGGGGGUUCUGAUCCUGCAGCUAGUCCAUGUGUCCAGAUCUGUUGGAGCUAGGAAUAAACAGUGGAUGUGGAAAAGGUACAGGAUCACACCCAUCAGAAACUCGAUAUAAGAAAGACACUAGUCGCAGGGAAAGAAUCUUGUCAUAGGCAACAAAUGGUUUGUGGGUUCUACCUUUGUUGUUCCAUAUAUUGCCAGCAUCAGGCGUAGGCCAAAAUUCCUGGUGAAUAAUCGUUAGAGAACUGCAGUUCUCGUCAUUGCUUAGCAUUUCUUUUAAACGGGCAUCUAGUUAUGGGUCACAUCAAUUCAAAUAUGUAUUUGGUACAGUGCAACUGUGUACAUGUCUAUUCUGAAGCAAGU